UCUUUUAGUUUUCGUUGAGUAGGCAACACCGUAAUACAAUACACAAUCAAAUUUUAAUGUAAGUUUGGAAAUUUUGUUUGGAAUAAUCAGUUCGAACCGUUCGUGCGCCAUGGAUGAGGAUCAGUUGGAACGAAUCGUGGCCAGGGCCAGGCUGGGCGUUGGUCCCAUACGACAGAUGUUCAUGCGACACUUUGUUUCGGGAGGCACAGAGCAGGACGCCUUCUUCGACUGCCAAGGCUUCAGCGAGGACUGUGAGAGUCGCCGGGAGCGGGAUCGGGAUCGGGAGCGGGACGUGGGCCACGACUCGGACGCCAUGCGCUGUGCCCUGGAACGGACCGCCACAAAUAUCCAAAUGAUGUUGAACAGCCUGGAUGAGAUGUCGCCUCCGAAUCGUCCCAUUGACUUCACCCUAGAGAUAACCACCGCCCUGGCGGUCAACGAUGACAAGCGACCGGGCCCAAGCGGACGCAUCACUGGCCAACCGGUGACCGUGCACAUGCCCCUGCAAUUCGAUCCGCGCACCAGACAAUUGACCUCCAGUUGCCAGGGGCAACAGCAGCACCAGAUGCAGGCCUCAAUUUGUGGUAGCAGACCCCCCAGUCCGACGAGACAUGGCACAGAUUACCCAGCUCUGACGUACUUGCAGGACGAGUGCCGACGCCGCAACAACACCUGCAACAACAAACGCUCCCGCCCCCAGGAUAUCCAGACCGACCAAUCGUACCUACAGAAGCACAGACAGCAGUCGCCAGUGAGCCUGUGCUGCCCAGCAGGAGGAUCAGGAGCAGGGACAGGCUACCACAGGCCGUCCCAGACGGAGACCUCGUAUCUGCGCGACCACAAGAAACCACAGUUUAAUGAUGCCCAGGACAGCCAAUCAGAGGGUAACCACAGCAGCCAGGACUCGCAGACGGCGUCCUCCUACGUGAACGAUCAAUACAAACAACAGCGGGACAAGCUCACGCAGGAGCGCACAUCACAGACCCAAAUGCUGCACUCCGUGGACAAGCUCACGCAUCCCACACAGCUCAUGCCAUGCGAUAAUCCACAGGAUGGUAACGAAACGAUCUACACUACGGCAAGCAAUCCAAACAGCAAUCGCGGGCCAUGUCCAUACAAUUCGAGUGCCACAACAUCAGAGUUCUACCACACGCCCUGUCAGAGCUCAGUUCAAUCCACGCGGCAUGCGGCAUGUGGAUGCAGUCUGCAUAAUUAUUUGCCCAGAUCAGAGAUGGACAACAGGCCACCGUUUGCCUGUGAUCCGCGACCCAUGACUUGCCACGAAUGCCUCUGUGGAGGCCAGCACCAGAGCGAUUUGCCGCCUUGGACACCGAAUCCGAAGGCCCAGCAUAUAGCCGUGUCGAGUGCGGAGACCAACUGCGGCCUUCAGUGGGCAGCGAAAAACGAGGAGGAUACCUCGUACCAGAGUGCGGCCACCACUUGCUUCACUCAGAACUCAGAAUCCAUGGCCACGACACUGGCACCCCAUGGGUAUCCUUGUUCAACGGCAACCAGUGCCUGUCCGAUUACGAGCACCAUUGACUUAUGCCUGUCGAAGGGUUCAUCCAAGGGCUGCAAGAGCUUCACCACGUGGAAUGAUAGACCAGAUACAUGCGCGAAUAGUGCUUGUCCUGUCACCAGCACCAUUGGUAUGUGCUCCUCGACAGCACUGACUGAGUCUGCAAAAACCAAGGAAGUCACGGAUACCAUCAUUUGUGGCACCAAAACGGAUUCUAGCAAUGAUGCUAUAUGCACUUCAAACACUUUUGCAGGUGCCUGCUCAUCGAAGGCCAUAGCAGAGCCCUGCCCAUCGAAGACCAUUGUAGAUCCCUGCUCAUUGAAGUCUCUGCCAGAUGCUUGUGCAUCCAAAGCCAUUGCAGAUCCUUGCUCGUUGAAGGCCAUUGCAGAUCCCUGUUCAUUGAAGUCUCUGCCAGAUCCCUGUUCAUUGAAGUCUCUGCCAGAUCCUUGUUCAUUGAAGUCUCUGCCAGAUCCUUGUGCAUCAAAGUCCAUUGCAGAUCCCUGUUCAUUGAAGUCUUUGCCAGAUCCUUGUUCAUUGAAGUCUCUGCCAGAUCCUUGUGCAUCAAAGUCCAUUGCAGAUCCCUGUUCAUUGAAGUCUUUGCCAGAUCCUUGUGCAUCAAAGUCCAUUGCAGAUCCCUGUUCAUUGAAGUCUUUGCCAGCGCCUUGUGCAUCCAAAGCCUUUGCAGAUACUUACACAUCGAAAGUCGACUUAAAUCCAUGUUCAUCCCGUGGCUUUGCUGAUCCCACCUCAUCGAAGGUACUCUUUAAUUCGUGUAUAUCCAAGGCCGUGUCGAAUUCUUGCCAUGCAGAUACCAGCUCCACAAAUGCCUUGGCUUUCCACAUGGACACGACUGUCAUUGAAGCAACGUGUGGCACCCAAACAAGCGUGCUGCCUAUGGUUGGAACUUCGGGCAAUUUGGAGGCCGAAGGUUCAGACCACGAGUACAGCUACACGACCUCCGGCACGCAAGGAUUACCACCGCCGUUUGGGUGUGAUGAUCAGACCUCGGGCACCUCCCGAUCGCGCUCUGUCGUCAACAAGAUCACCUGUUUUUGCUCCUCGGACCAGAAAUCGAUAUACAACAACCACUUCGAGAAGGGUCCACGAGAAGAGGGCCACGUCCAGUACGGGGAUGAGCUCAUGGGAGACAAUUCCGAUCAUUGCAACACUUGUGAGGUAUGUCCACCGCCCCAAGAUCCCAUGCAGUCCAUUGGCAGCUCUGUGCGCGGUGUAGCACCCAAGCCACUGUCCAUCAAGUGCGAUAAGUCCACGUGCACGUGCACAUCGCGGUGCCGGUCCAUGGCCAAAAUGAAGAGUCAAUCAAAGGAACAGUCUCGCUCGAAGCAGGUGUUCCUGGAGGAACAGGAUGUGUUUCGCGACUGCGACUCAUUCAACUCCAACGUCAAGUCUGUCAAGUCGAAGAGCAGCCGCAGAUUGUCCUAUGCUGAUGCUUCAUCAUCGCUGCCGAUCAUCACCAGCUGCUACAGCAAGGACCAAGGUGCGCCUAACAAUACGUCUGUGUGUCCGUGCGGCUGUGGUCUGUCACAGAUUGACUGCAAGCACUCCAGGAUUGACACAUCUGGAACAUACAUCAGCGUUUGCGGCCAGGACAAUGAGGAGGCGCCACUGAGGAGCUGUUACGAGCCAUCCAUUCAGAUGAAGAGCUGCAACGACGCCCAAUCCAUGGAGAUGAAGAGCUGCUACGACCCAUCAUUGGAUAAGCAGAGCGAGUCCGGCUAUUUUCGCUCGCCGGACACAUCGGCCUACACCGAGUACACGGAUGCCUCCUGCAAGGAGGUGGUGGGGGAUAGCCGCAAGGAGCGCAUCAUGGACAUGGUGCAGCAGCUGAGCGAUGCCGCUGACUGUGACUGCAACGAGGAUCGUCCGGCCAUGAUACAGAAUCUGUUUCGGGAGCUGGCCCUCAUGCUGCGCAUGGAGGAGGAGCGUGCCGUCGCGCCGCAGGACGAAAUAAAGACACCAAAGCCUACCUUCGAGGAGUGUUGUGCCAUCCAACAGCAGUAUGACCCCCAGCCAGUCGACGAGAAUGUCAAAGGCUCAAAGGAACGGCGCCGCAUUGAGUGCUUCGAAACGUUGGACGAUGCCGUGCGCAAAUGCUUCAUGAAACAGGAAACCAAACAGCUGCCAGAGGUGGAGAUCUAUGCACUCGAAGAGGACUCGGAUUCGGAUAGAGAAGAUGCCUGUGCCCGGUGGCUGCCAUCUGCGGAUUCGACAAUAUUCAAGGAUGUGGAAGGUCAGGGAUGCGGCAACGACGACGAGUUCCUGGACCCGAAUAGCCAACGCCAUCUCCUCGAACAAAUGACAAAGCUAAUAAGGGAACCCAGUCCUAAAGAGUGUGACAUGUCUGUAGUUGUAGAGCCCUGUCGCAGUUACGAUCGUAACAAAUUCGAAGGCGAUUCAUGUGCCAAAAUGGCGGAACCCCAACCCCCUUCGAAUACCAAAGUGGAGCCGGAAAAAGUUACACCCAAAGUUCCAUCGAAUGUCAAAGUGGAGCCGGAUAAAGUGGCACCUACAGUGGAUCCCUGUGCCUCUCAAAAUAAAAGUCUGGCCAAGCUAGACAAAGGCAAUUCGGACGAAUAUUGCCCCUCACAAUGUCAAAGUUCAAAGAUUGAGCCCUGUCCAACGAUUACGCCAGCACCCAGUCAAGUGCCCAGUGCCAUGAAGACAGAGAUCUGUGUGACGGUGGAGAAUUACAAACAGACAGAAUCCUGCACCUCUGUGGAUAAAGGCAAGAAGAUCGAUAGCAAGCAGGUAUCCUGCACCUCUGUGGAUAAAGGCAAGAAGAUCGAUAGCAAGCAGGUAUCCUGCACCUCUGUGGAUAAAGGCAAGAAGAUCGAUAGCAAGCAGGUAUCCUGCACCUCUGUGGAUAAAGGCAAGAAGAUCGAUAGCAAGCAGGAGCUCUGUGCCUCGGAUUUGGGCAAUCUCCUGCCCGACGGACCACUCAGUCCAGAGGCACGUCAGCUGUGCGAGAAGCUGCUGCGCCAGGCCCUGGUGGACUGUGGUGCCUGUGAUAAACUGGCACCAUCUCAGUCAUGUCAGAGCUCAGAGGUGGCGACCAGACCAUAUGGAGACCCAAAAGGGGCAGGGCAUUGCCAGUGCUGUCAUUGUCGGGCCCUCAAGUCCGAAAGUGAAUGCAAAACCGUGUCCAAGACUCUGCGUUCGGCCCUGUGCGAUCCAGCUUGUGAAAUGAAAUACUUUAUCGACUCUAUGAUUGUGGAUUUGGAGGUCAUGGACCAUGUGCUGGACAACAAAAAGGCAAAGGCUAAGGAUGUAAGUGCAAAUUGCUUGGGCAAUGAGCAGGGAACAGGCUUCCCCGUGACCAUCAGCGCUGUCUCCAGUUUGGGCUGCACCGCUCUCUACAUCAAAUGGGAUGUGCAGGACUGCGCCGGCAUUGCCGGAUACGAGAUUUACGUGGAUGGAAAUUUAAGGAGUCGCCUUUACAGCUACCGACACGAGGCCGCUGUGGUGGGAUGUGUGGAUGUGACAAAGGGGCAUCAGAUUGUGCUGCGGGCCCAGGCAAUAGGCCAGGACUUUCCAGGCGAUGAUCUGCCUGUGGGCAACUGCAAAACGGUGGCACAUACCAGCCAUCCGGAGAUGUUGGUCGGAGCCAAGAGACCGUGGUCGCCCAGCAUCUACUUCUAUGAUCCCAGCAUGGGCAUCAGGCAGGCGCCAGGCGCGAGGCGAGCUAGUCAAACAUAAAUCAGAUAUCACAAUGGGUUGGGGAACAGCAAUGGUUGACUCCCCACACAAUCCCACAUGCGCAUCAAAUUUUUAGCUUGUACAUAUAGGAUUUACUUACAUGAGAGAUAUUUUGUUCAGAUUUGUUUUGUUAUGUAGCUCCCCACGCAAAAAAGAGAAGGGAGAGAGACGUGUAGCGCCCCUUUGCGCUCAAGGAAUUGAAUUGAUUGGACUAGAAUUGUAUUUGUAGUGCUUUAAAUAGUGCCUUAAAUUAUAAUCGUAUUUAUUAAGCAGAAAGAGCGAGAGAGAGCAAUGCAUUGUACAUGAGUCGAUAGAAUUGAUAGUAACCUAAGAUACCCUUCGGGGGCCCUUCACACGUUAGUUGACACAACACCAAAAUCAUUUUGAAUAAAAAACCCAAGAAUCUCAACGUUAGAGAUGCCAACAAAAUA